UCCCGGCUCUGUCCCACUCAGGGCAGCAGCCCCAGCGAGGAGGGAACUCGGGAAACAUCUGAGCUCCCUGGGAAGCCCUCAGAGGAUCAGUGUUCCAAGGGCUGCGCUCUGGUGGGGGAAUCUUGAAUGAAUGAAUGAAUGACCUUCUAGACACAGCCUCAGCCAGAGGAGCGGCGUGGCUGGGAGGAAGAAGCGGGACACACAGCCGGCUGGAAGAACCCUGGGUAACCUGACAUCAGCAGGAGCCUGAGCAGAGAGCAGUGUGCAGAGCAUGGAGGAAGAAGACUACAACGCCUCCCUCGCCUACGGAGACGACUACCCUGAUGACUUUGACUCCCUUGUGGUCCUGGAGGAGCUCUCUCCCCUGGAGGCCAAGGUGGCCAGGAUCUGCCUGGUGGCGGUCUACAGCGUCGUCUGCUUCCUGGGAAUCCUGGGCAACGGCCUAGUCAUCGUCAUUGCCACCUUCAAGAUGAAGAAGACGGUGAACACGGUCUGGUUCCUCAACCUGGCCGUGGCGGAUUUCCUGUUCAACGUCUUCCUCCCCAUCCACAUCGCCUACGCCGCCAUGGACUACCACUGGGUGUUUGGGACGGCCAUGUGCAAGAUCAGCAACUUCCUGCUCAUCCACAACAUGUACACCAGCGUCUUCCUGCUGACCGUCAUCAGCUUCGACCGCUGCGUCUCCGUGCUCCUCCCCGUCUGGUCCCAGAACCACCGUAGCCCCCGGCUGGCCUACAUGGCCUGCGUGGUCAUCUGGGUCCUGGCUUUCUUCUUGAGUUCCCCAUCCCUCGUCUUCCGGGACACGGCCAACCUGCACGGGAAAAUAUCCUGCUUCAAUAACUUCAGCCUGUCCGCGGCCGGCCCUUCUUCCCCUUGGCCCGCUCACGCCCAGCUGGACGCUGUGGGGUACAGCAGGCACGUGGUGGUCACCGUCACCCGCUUCCUCUGCGGCUUCCUGGUCCCCGUGCUCGUCAUCACGGCCUGCUACCUCACCAUCGUCUGUAAGCUGCAGCGCAACCGUCUGGCCAAGAACAAGAAGCCGUUCAAGAUCAUCGUGACCAUCAUCAUCACCUUCUUCCUCUGCUGGUGCCCCUACCACACGCUCUACCUGCUUGAGCUGCACCACACCGCCGUGCCCGGCUCCGUCUUCAGCCUGGGUGUGCCCCUGGCCACCGCCAUCGCCAUCGCCAACAGCUGCAUGAACCCCAUCCUGUACGUUUUCAUGGGGCAGGACUUCAAGAAGUUCAAGGUGACCCUCUUCUCCCGCCUGGUCAAUGCCCUCAGCGAAGACACCGGCCACUCCUCCUUCCCCAGCCACAGGAGCUUCACCAAGAUGUCGUCCGUGAACGAGAGGACGUCGAUGAACGAGAGGGAGACCAGCAUGCUUUGAGCCUCGCCUGGGAGACGCCCACCCCCCCUCCCAGCCCCCAGGGACAGAAGACCAAGGCAAGAACCUCUUCGGCACCCUGAGUGCCCGCUGCAUUUUGCCUGGGGGAGGGCGGUGUUUAGAACUGGGGAUCCAGGGCUUGGAUGGAACAGGGGGAGGGUCUGCCAUGACACAGCCUUGGACCUGCAACCAGUGCUUCUUGGGAGACCAGCCUCGACCAACUCAAAGCCAACGGGAGGAUACAUUCUGAAAAAAGGAGUUGUCAGGAAUUCGUCCGGGGUGGGUAAGAAGCAGGGGGAUUAAGCUCCCUACUGUGUGUGCCCCAGAGAUGACUCAAACGACCUCCUGGUGUGGGCAGGGGAGGUCAGAGGAAACCCAGUGCCAGGCCAAUCCCACCUUGCCCACCUCCACGGAUGUCAGCCAUUGUCAAUCAUUAGCCAGAGUCCCGCCCCUCAAGGCCUUCCUCUGGGUGGAAGUGCACAGGUUGCCUGGGAGAGGAAGGUGGCACAGUUUAACCCCUGAGCUCCUGGGACCAUGGCUUCCACGUGGGCCCUUUGCAAGGUCCCAGCACGGGGGUCAGUGAGGGCUGCGGGCCGCGGGGAAGGAAUGGGACAGGAGGAGCAAAGACCCCUUCAGAGGAGGCAGACGUGGAGCAGCUGGGGCAAUGGUGCUUUCAACUGCAGGAUUUUAGGGGUGUGGGGGGUGCCAGCCCCCAGCCCUCGCCCCUGCUCUCACCCAGCAUCUGUUACCUGGCAGUGGGGCCAUGGUGGGGGUGGGGGGGCGCACCUGCAGCUCCCGCCCUCUUGCUGGGAUUCUUCCCUCCCCCUCUAAUCCACUCAGCUUGCAGCACCACCCUUCGGGGUGGGGGCAGAAGGGGUGGGACUUCUCCUGCGUCUCAAAGCCUGGCUGGAGACUGGCCCCACGUGCAGCUUCAGGGAGCAACCUCGGCGGCCUCCCAGGCAGAGGAGGAGGUCCCAGGACUCAGCGCGGCAUUCCGAGCAGAGCCUGCGGCGACUCUGGGAACAGUGGCUCCUGCGAUGCAGACUGUGGACACCGCCUGUGUGCACCUGCGGGGCACCACGGUCCUCACCCGGCACCGACACCUGCCGAGGGUGUCACUGCUGAGGCCCAGCGGUGGGGAGGAAACUUGCCCAGCAUCCCGCACAGCUGGUCAGAGACCAGAUCCAGCCCUGGCUCUGUCUGGCUACAUUCUUCUAUGGAGAAUUUUCUAGACUGGAGUGUGAUAGCACCUCCUAUGUUAAGCACUUUACACAUGUUGUCUCAUUUAUUCCUCCCAGCAACCCCCCAUUAGGUACAAGUCUCACUCCCCUUUUACUGACAAGGAACCCGGGGCUCAGAGAGGCUAAGUAACUUACCCAGCGGCACCCAGCUGGUCUCUGCCAGAGCCCAGAUUUGAGUCUCCGUCUGCCAGUCAGCGUCGGGAAGGAAACUGGGGAGACCGGGGCUGAGUCUGAGCAGAUGUACGUGGCCUCUAAGAAGCUUUGUGAAUUGUUUGCCAAAGACCCGACAUGGGCAGCCCGCAAACAGCUCCACCUCCUGCCCCGCGGAGAGCAGGCCGGGGCUGGGCGCCUGGCGGGAGGCAGCCCCUGUGUGCCCGCGGUCCCGUGGCCUCAACGUGCCCGCACCCUGGUCUCUACUCGUGAAGCCACUUCUCCAGCGAGACACAGGGAGCACAGGUCACGGAGGCCCGGCGCUGGGCUCCUGGACUCACACCUCCUGAAGACACAGCUGUUCCUUUGUCCCUGGCUCUGGGUACGCGGGACGAGGUGGCUCUGAAGCGACCCCACCCUGGGGCCUCCGGCUGCCUCCUGGGAUCUGAACUUGGAAUAGCCUUGGCGUGAAAGGAGGCGAUGGCCCCGGGACCCAGAGUCCCCUGUCAUUGCUGUCCCCAAGUUUCCCGAUGCAGCAGCCGAGGCCCGGACAGCGUGCGCUUUGUCCCAGGUCCCAGCGCAGUCCACAGAGGCCCAGGUCCUCCCAGGCCCCGGGGUGGGGCUCUGCCUGGCCAGCCCGAGGGAGCCAGGAAUCUUGUUGUCAUCAGCAGAAGCGAACGUCAGGCCGGCUGUUUUCCUCCUCGGAGCCAGGCCUGGCUGGUUCUGGCCGGCCCGGGUCUUCCCGGUCUGAGUGUAGCUUCCUGUCAAGUCCAUAAACAUAACCAUGACCUCCACUUUGCUCUGGACCCCACUGCUGCCUGUGCACGUCUCCGCGGGUUCACUGCAGGGAAGAAUUAAAAGGCAGGUUUGUUUGGCUGCAAAUCCAUUUUGAAAGCCACACAUAGUUUUUUCAUAAUAUGCAUUUCCAUGACUUUUUAGUUUUUGAAGCCUUGAAUGGA